AUGGCAUGGCGCGGGGCGCAGACGGAUGCCGCUCUGGCAAGGGCUCCGUGGCGCCAGCACGCGAGGGGAGUCGGACACCGCGGUGAUCGUCCAGGCGGCUGUCUCGUCAGCGGUGGCGGCGACAGGGCGCGUGCUGCUGGGUGCUCGGGUGCCGCGGUCGCCAGCCCGCAGGCCAUCCGUCAGCGGGCGGCGCGCCUGGCGAUGGGCGAGGGGCCAGCAAGGACGCGGCCCACGGCGAAGCCGUCCUCCACGCCCGCGGCAUCGCCGCCGCUGGCGAUCCUGGACGGAUCCGUGGCGCCGCCAUCGCCGCCGCUGGGGGACGUUGGGCCCUGCCAGCAGGCGAGGAUGGAAAAGGCCCGGAUCUCUGGUGGAGCGGACAGCGUCGCCAGCCAAGUCCCGGGCGAGGCUGGACUUCGAGCGGGCGUGGCAGGACAAGGUGUUGGACUGAAGCGGGUCGACUGGUUCGAGCUCGCGGACACCGAGAGCACCGUGUCCGAGGGGAAGCCCCACGACGAGGCGCUCAUGGACCGGUACCUGGAGGUGAAGUUCGCGGCGCUGGGCGUCGUCGAUGCGGGCUCGUGCUUCGAGGAGCUGCAGGUCGAGGCCAGCGAGUUCGGGACGUCGGGGAUCGUCGAGGGGGGCUCACGUUGCGACUGCAUGCUGUUCAGGAUCGUCGAGUCGGAGGCUGGCGGCAUGAGAUUGCAGUCUGAGGGGACCCGGGAGGCCGAGCCGCCGUCCAAGGUCGGAGGCCUGCCGAAGGCCGUGGUCGAGGCCAACCAGCUGUCGUUCCAGAGGGUGAUCGGCGAGGAGAUGAGCAAGCAGUGCGAGUUCGCGCCGUCGGAGGUCGUCGACGGGGGCUCGUGCUACAAGGGGAGACUGGGCAAGGAGAACAAGUUCGGGACGUCGGAGGUCGUCGAUGCGGGUUCGGUCUACGAUGAGAAGCUGGACAAGGUCAACGAGUUCGGGACGUCGGAGGUCGUCGAGGAGUCCUCGCGUGACGGCGACAAGCAGGUCCGGGUGAACGAGUUCGCGGCGUCGGCCACCGUGCGCAGCGCGCUCGCGGGAGGGCUCGACUCCCCGAGGGUGCUCGAAGUCGAGACGGUGGCAGGCGUCAAGGGGCUCCCGGGUGGGUGA